UUCUAAAAAACAAUUUGUUUCACGUUCAGCAUGUGUAGCGGAGAGAACUUUCUUGUACCGCGCCACGUCUUGUCCGCCGCCCCGUUUCAUCGGACGCGCCGUCCAAAACAGGCGGCCCGCUCCCUGUUUUCCCUUAGGCCGCUCCUCCCUUUCGCCGCCUGUUUCGCGUCCCCGGUCGCGUAUAAAAAUGGCAACCCCCGCAGAGAUCGCCGAUGAGACGACAUCCACUUGAGCAAGUAAACCAGGUGCGGCGCAGACGCAGAGAGAAAGAAAGGAAGCAAGGGGAGGAACAGGAUCUAGGGGCUGCGAUGGCGUCGGCGGCGAGCAGGAAGGCGCCGUCGCUGGUGGUGGCGGCAAGCGUGGGCGCCGUGGAGGCGCUCAAGGACCAGGCGGGCCUGUGCCGCUGGGGCUACCCGCUCCGCUCGCUCUACCGCCACGCCGCCGCCGCGCCCAGGCUCCGCGCCCUGUCCGCCUCGCUCUCCGAGGCAGCGGCCGCCGCGGCUCCCCGACCGGCGCCUUUGUCCGCGGAGGACGCGAAGCUGCGCAAGGCGCACCACCUCGUCUGCUGGGGCCCCAACUGAGCUCCUUCUCUCCGCUUCAUGUCACCACCGGCACAUGAGCAUAUAUAAGUAGCUGAUGAAUGCCUGUGUCAAUGGUGUCGGGAUUAGUAACAAAAGGCUUGCUUUGCUGUUUCGCCGGAGAAAGCAGAGCCGUCAUUGUGUGCAGCGCCGGUGAACCGCUCCGGCCUCGGAGGAGUAGGACGGUUCAUCAACGCUGCACUCAAUGGCACCUUUGCGUCUCUUCCUCCUCUUCGUCUUCCCCAGUAGUAGUGUCUGGUUGCAUCUGGCUAGCUUAGCUUCCGUAGACGCAAGCAGGAAUCAUGGCUUUAGCUUUUGAGGCCGGGACAUCAACCAUUUUCUUUUGUAGUAGUAUGAUGAGGUGUGCGAGGCUAUUACGAUGGUUGUACUGCGGUGGAGAACUGACCGGCGUUGUUGUACUACAGAUCGUACUAUGCUUAUGUUGUGACUUGUGUCGA